AAGAAAAAAAGCAUUCACCUAGCCUCUGAAACAAUAAUAUUUGCGUGAACCUCCUUACGGAGGGAAUUCGACAGGUAAGCCAAAAGGGGUGGGAAGAGCUAUCUUGCUGGCAAUUACUGUGGGACAGAUGCCAUCAUCUUGCCAGAGGAGAUUGAAAUAGCAAAAACAAUUAACUAAACUACAGCUCUAAAAUGGAUUACUUCUUGGUGACUCAGAAGUGAGAUGGGGGUGAAGUGUCAAGAGUCACACGGACGAGGCAAUGUUGCACAGGAAAUAAGAUCACUUGGGCAGAGUAAAAAAAAAAUGUUCACUGGAUAUUGAAAGACAAGAUAAUUUUGUUGUCUUUUUUUUUUUUUGAAGCAUUGCUUUUGUUGUCUUGAGAUGAUGGAUUGCAGAGAGAAAAUGUGAUCCAGGAAGCUCGAGGCCCACAAAAACAGGAAAUCCCAUACAGCUGCCAGCCACGGGCUACUUAGAAGGACGACAUUACCCCGAAAGCAAAAUUAGAAGCUUUGCCGCUCUUCAAAGCCUGCUUGUCUUGACUUGUUUUAAAAUCACCUCAAUGCACAUUCACUGACAUGAGACAUAGAACAGGAAGAGAGAGACAACAUCUAGAUAAUUCUCUCCCCCCGCAACAACUCUAGUAGUAAUCCAGAAUGAAUUAUUUUCAGAAAUACAGCCCUAGUUUCAACUUUUUGAAACGUUUUGCUGAACCAAAAAAGGAAAGAAAGAAAUGAACUGGUGAUUUAUGGACUUGAGGGCUGAAAAGGGUAGAUUAUGGAAAGAAGGAAAUUACGAUGUAAUCUUAGAGAAGACCUUGAAUGAUCUCGCUAGCAAGCAUUCCAACAUUCACAUCAUCCAGCUGGAGGUGGAGGAUCAGUCCAGUGUGAAAGCAGCUGCUUUGGAGGUUGAGUCUCUUCUACAUGGUAAAGGCUUAAAUCUUCUGAUCAAUAAUGCCGGUGUAAACUCCUAUGCCACUCUGGAAACUGUGGAGCAGCAAGAGAUGCUGUCUGCUUUCAACACCAAUGUGGUAGGGCCCAUCCUUGUGGUUAAGGAAUUUCUGCCUCUGCUGAAGAAAGCAGCUCGAGAGGCAGCCAUAAAGGAGAUGAGUUGCCAGAGGGCAGCCAUCAUCAAUAUAACCUCCAAGUUGGCCUCCAUUGAACGGGGCUUUGAAGUCAUGAAGGGACCGAUGUACCCUUAUCGUGCAAGCAAGGCUGCUUUGAACAUGGUGACGGUCUGCUUCGCUUUGGAACUGAAAGAGGAAGAGAUCUUGUGUACUGUAAUCCAUCCCGGCUGGGUGAAAACAGACAUGGGAACGGAGCAGGCUCCUGUGACUGUGCAGAACAGUGUGCAAGGCAUCCUCAAUGUGCUUGCUAAUUUAUCAUCGGCCUCCAAUGGGGCCUUUCUCGACUGGGAAGGCAACACACUCCCUUGGUGAGAUGGGCUUGUUCUUUCCACCAAGAAAAAAAAAAAGAUGUCUUUUUUUAAUUAACCAAGAGCCUUGGUAGUACAGUGGUCUAAAGCACCCUGUUAUUAACACAGCUGCCUGCAAUUACUGCAGGUUCGAAUCUUACCAGGCUCAAGGUUGACUCAGCCUUCCAUCCUUUCUAAGGUAGGUUAAAUGAGG